AAAUUUAAACUAUACCACAGUCAAAAUAAAAUGGGCAUUGCGUUAAUUAAGGAUAAUUUAUUCGCGUAGCUCUGAAAAAAUCAAUUAAUUUAUGCCCUUUAUAUGUUGCAUGCCACCUGGCCAUAUAAACGCGUUUCCUUCUUCACCGUCCUAUUUAUUCACCUCGCUCUCUCCAUUCCUAUAAACCUCGCAUUUCUCUCUCUUCUUCUUUUUAUACUCAUGGCUACUACUCUCUCUGACUCAUUGCUUCUUCUCUAAAUCUUCCAUCACCACAAAAACUAGCUCAAUUUCCAAUCAAACUGUUCGAAUUUGUUGAUUUCGAGUUUCAAUCAAUGGCGUCUUACGAUAAUUUGCUGGCGGAGCAGCCCUGGUCCUUCCGCCCGUCGUUUCCCGACACCUGGAUUGCCGAUCUCUUCACGAUGGAAAACGAGACCCUAUCGAAGGCGAUGCAGGCCUCGAUCUCCGGCUGCGCCGCCGCCUCGCCGCACGGCGGCGCCAUCUCAUCCGGAAUGCUUCAACCUGUGUACUCGAAGGCGGACGCGACGCCGGUUCACACGCCGACGGUCUCCGGCGUGUCGGAGAACGAGGCUCUCGUCUCGAAGCAGCGGCGGCGGGGCUGCGGGGUGCCUCCGAUCGGCGGCGGCAGGGUGGCGAAGCGCAAGUCGCGGCCGUCGAAGCGCGCCGCCGCGACGACGUUCUACGCCGCGGAUCCAGAGAACUUCAUGCGGAUGGUGCAGCAGGUGACCGGCAUGAGGAUCGGAGGCGCGACCGAGCGGCUCGCCUGCGCCGCGGCGGUGUCGAGGCCGGAGCCGCGGAGAGCGGCGGACGGAUUCCCGACGCUGGACACGUCGGCGGCAUUCAUGCUCGGCAGCUCGGCUUCGUCUCUGGUGUCCACGUCCUACGCGGCGGCGGCGGGCGAUGGCGGGGCGGCGGAGCAUUACUUCGAUUCUCUUUGUAGCUUUCCCACGCUCGAAUCGUGGGAGGCCGUGUAGCUCUGUAGCGAGAAUAGUUUCUAUUUCUGCUUCCUCUUAUUUUUUUUUUCUCUAUUUUGUAGGGAGGGGUAAAAAGGGAAUAUUGUUAAUAUUGUGGGGGUAUGGGUGGAACAUUAAUCAUCUUCAAUUUUUUCCAUCACCAUGAUGAUGAUGAUAAUGACGAUGAUUAGUAUUUUUUGCCUUUCUUUAUUAGGAAAUUAAACUAAAUUCAUGCUUAUUAUAUUGUUG